CCUAACCCAACCUCGAGUUCCGGCACGCACGUCGCCUCUGCCGUCUGCUUCAUUUGCUGCAAUGUCUGAUAGGGCUGAUCCAUUCGGGGCGUCGGUCAUUUUCCUCGACAAGGACGGCAACAUCCCUGUCCGACUGUUGGUGUGUAACACUUCGGCAACCACGUCUGCUUGGACAACUGUGACGUGAGUGCCCUCUGUGCGCUAGUCAUGGCCCUGCCGGUGCGUCUCGGCGACUUCAGGCACUCCUUCGCGGGGCAGUGUCUACGGGAGAGCCGAUGUCUUGCGCCGGGAGAACCGUUCGUUGAGCGCAGCAGCAGCUCGCUUUCGCCUUCGCACGCAACCUGCUUGGUCAUAGAGCCGAUUCUGGCCACUCGUGCCUGUCAAGAAACCGAUCCGACAUCGUCUCUCUCAGCUGCCAUUGCUUCGUGUAAGACGGGUGGCAUGCGACGCAGCCCACUUUCGUCCUCGAAUCACGCCUCUCAAUCUGACAUCCACAAUUUGGCAAACCGUUCAUCCCUUGCGCCGGCGAAGGCUUGCGAACUGGUGCCCAUGGCAAAACACUUCCUCGCGCUGCUGAUUCGACGCCUCCACAAUAGUCGAUACAAACCGAUACAAAGAAUUCGACGGCACUUGUGCCUAUUCUUUGGUAGUGGCGGUGCCGCAAGUCCCGCUGGUGACGAAUCUCGGACGUGUGCGGAUGUAGGCACAGUGGCAUGGAGAAUCGCGAAACGCCCAGUGCGCUCUCUGCCUCGGCUUCUCGCCGGCCUAUUUUCACCUGACUGCAUAUACGUGACGACGCCGACACCUUCAACAAAGACUCGUCAGCCGUAGUUCGUCACUGUGCACGCUUGCCCAAACACCUCGUCCUUUGCCUCUGCCCUCGAGAUUAGGGCGGACGGCCCGCGCUCUCUCAAGCUUAGUUUUCC